GAACAUACUGGUCUGAUUACAACAGGUGAAGCUUUCUGUUUUUGUUGAACAUGGCUUCAACCCUUUCUUUCUGCCUCAUGUGUCCAGUGUGUUUGAGUGACUUCAACGAUCCAGUAAGUUUACCUUGUGAGCACGUUUUCUGCCGACAGUGUAUUACAAGUUAUUUGGAAUCACAUGAAGGUGCUCACAAAUGCCCAGAAUGCAGACAAAACUUCACCAGACAGGAUCUUAAAGGUAACCGAGUGCUGAGAAAUGUUGUUGACGUCUUACAACAACAAAAACUCAAGACAAGACAACAGACUCCAAAGAAUACUCAAGAAAUGCUAUGCUCUGAGCAUAUGGAACCACUUAAACUUUUCUGUGAGAAUGACCGGAAAUUGGUUUGCCUCAUCUGCAAGGAGGGAGAGAAACACUGUGGACACAGUUUCAAGCCUGUAAAGGAAGCUAUGGAGAUCAGUGAGAAGGUGGUGAGGGAAGCACUAAGAUUUAUUUUACAUGACAACAAACAAAUGGGUGACAUGAUCUUGAGUCAGAUGCUUGAAAUCACAACGUCUAAGGAAAGGGCCAAACGACUUGAGGAAAAGAUGCAUGUUCAGUUUAACAAAAUGCAUGACUUUUUGAGGAAAAAGGAGGAAGAAAUGGUAAGGCAACUCCACAGACAAGCAAGCAGUGCCGAAGUAUCAAUGAGGCAAAAUGCAUCAUUUUUAUCAAAGCUGCAAAUAAAUGGAAACAACCAGGAGUCCAUAUUGGAGUCAGGACUACAGAUGAGCCAACCGGAGAGGUUUUUAGAGUGGUGGAGUGAAAAGGGUUUCCCUUUGGUUGAUGCAAUCACACUCGGUGAGAACAAAGACAUCAAGUCUGCUCUGCCAACCAAAUUUAAGUCAAGACUUGAUGGUACUCGAGUGAUUUCUGACCACUUCACCCUUGGCCCUUAUGAAACUGACCUGCCACUAAUUGUUUGGAGAGACAUGCUAGGCUCUGUUAAACAAGACCUAUCAGAUACAUCUACAAUAGACAAAGACCUGAAACUGACUAUCAAAAAAGAGAGCCAUCUGCAGUCUCAAGGGGAAGAUUACUUUGCCAAAUUCCAGAAGUUUCACAAUGGUUAUAAGGACAAUUAUGUGGAGAACAUACAUCCUGGUCAGGUGUACUGGGAGGUUGAUGUAGGAGCUGAAGCAGGAUGGGAACAUGGACUUACAGUUAGAUAUUACCCAAAGGAGAAAAACGUUUCUGUCUGGCAGACACUGUUUUCUAAAUGUUUUGAGCACAUAUCUCUUUCUGUAAAGAAUGACAGACUGCAAGCUGUAAGGGGAGGUGAAGAAACCCCAAUCGUCACCCAGAUUAUACCCAGCAGAGUCGGGGUUUAUGUAGACAGUGAGAAACGUCAGGUUGUAUUUUGCAAUGCAGACAAUAUGUCUCUCCUUCACACAGUGUGGUGUGGAGAUAAAUAGAUUUAUAUAGACAUCAAAAAUUCCAUUUACUAAGCCUGCUUUGAAUUUUAAGUGACAUUUAUAAACCAUUUAGUCUGAGAAACGGUCUGGUCAUCCUAUUAAUUUUGAUAUAAAUUAUA